AUGAGCAAUAAUAUUAAAAUUAAUCAGAAUUAUGUUAAUGUAUCCCCUAUGCAAUUAUUUGAUAGAAUUAUAUGCUCCAACAAAACUCCAGACGAAAUAAGGGACAGUUUCAGCUCUGAAUUAUCUCCGUAUCCGUUAUCUCUUUUUAAGGAUGGUAUUUUAAGGCAAGGCACAAAAAGCCUUCUUUUUAAAGAAUUUGAUGCUUUAUUGGCUACACCCAUUUCGUCCACUGAGCAAAACGCAAUAUAUAUAGUUGACGGCGGUUUUCUCCUACAAGUCCUACACAAAGUCUUAUGGCAAAAGCCCACUACGUUCCACCAAAUUUGCGAUAAAUAUAUUAAUUAUGCUAAACAUAAUUAUGGUCAGGACUGUGUAGUGGUUUUCGAUGGUUACAAUUUAAAUCGUUUUUCAACAAAGGACGCUCUGCAACAAGUCAGAUCACAAAAUGCCAUAGAAAUAUCGGAAAAAUUGGAAAAUUCAAUUGUUACGCCACAGGAAGAAUUUUAA